UGCGUGGUCGAAUCGGGGCCAUGGGGAACGUGCUUUACCCCGCGCCCGUCCUACGAAGGGGGCCCCGCCGAGAGGAGCCUCUGGCUAACCCAGGCAGUUUCGAUGAGCUGCACAGAAAAUGCAAAGAAGUUUUCCCUCAGCAGAUGGAAGGGGUCAAGCUGAUCAUUAAUAAAGCCCUCAGCAGCCAUUUUCAGGUGUCCCAUACAAUCCAUAUGAGCACAAUUGGGCAGUCGAAUUACCACCUAAACGCCACCUAUGUCGGAGACCAGCAGACCAGCCCCACAGAGGCCUUUCCAACCCUCAUUGGGGAUGUUGACACUGCUGGAAGUCUCAAUGCUCAGGCGCUCCUCCUAUUGGCAGAGCGGAUCCGGACGAAGGCUGUCUUCCAGACACAGCAGUCCAAAUUUAUGACUUGGCAGUUUGAUACGGAGUACCGGGGCGAUGACUACACGGCCACCCUGACACUGGGCAACCCAGAUUUGAUCAGCGAGUCGGUUAUUGUCGUUGCGCACUUCCUGCAGAGCAUGACCUCACGGCUGGUUCUAGGGGGUGAAAUGGUAUACCACCGGCGGCCGGGCGAAGAGGGCGCCAUCGUCACACUGGCUGGGAAGUAUACAGCUCUCAAAUGGGUAGCCACGCUUAACCUCGGCUAUGGUGGGGCUCAUGCCAGUUACUACCAUCGAGCCAACGACCAGAUUCAGGUGGGGGUAGAAUUUGAAGCCAACACACGGCUGCAGGACACAAGCUUUGCUUUUGGUUAUCAGCUGACCCUUCCUCAAGCAAGCAUGGUGUUCAGAGGCUUCUUGGAUAGCAACUGGUGUGUGGGGGCCGUUCUGGAGAAGAAGCUGCCCCCUCUGCCCGUCACCCUGGCCUUGGGCACCUUCCUCAACCACUGGAAGAAUCGGUUCCACUGCGGCUUCAGCAUCAUCGUGGGCUGAGGGCUCUUGGGACUCGUCUCGGCCGAGAGAGAUGCCGUCAGGUUUAAAUUUUUUUUGCGAAACUGUGUGGCACGAUUGGCCCAGCUGCGUGUGAGGGCGACGGGCUGGCUCACCACGGACUUUGGCACGCAUGGUGGCGAUUUUGGCCUUGCCACGCCGGAACAGGGUUCUCUGACCGGCCUACGGAAAGCUGGCGGCUGCUCGGAGAGAUGUCAGAAAGCGGUCGCGGAUCGCCCUCGUCCCGAUCUGCGAGGUACGGACUUUGUGGUGGGAGGCAGAACCUGGUCGUCCUGCCUGCCUUAUGGACGGAUGCCUUCCUGCCUUCGUUUGCUGUGGUUCGGCAGAUGCCGAUCUCAUGGAGUUGACAUUAUUGCUAUGUUGGACCGGUGCCAGGGUUUGGAAGUCGGGAGAGAGGCUGUUUAUCUCCCAUCCUGGCACGCUACAAUUGGUUUGUGGGUGCUGUGUACCCCCCUUUCCCCUGACAGUUGGAAUGGCUGCUGAUUCUGUGUAUGAUGACUUGGAAACCUGAUUAAAAUCAUACCGGAGACCGCUCCUCCCCU